CUUAAAAUGAGUUAAACGAGUUUUAGUGCAGUAAGAGACAUCUCUGCAAUAUUCCUUACUCUGCUAACUAUCAACAUGACAAGAUACGACAGGCAAGGUGUUCCUAACCAAAGUUUUCAUAAUCCGAAGGGAAUAACUCUUUACCCAGAGGGUUUGGACAAGUACGCAAUGGGAAACACACCAGCUCGAGAUAUCACAGAGCUCUUGGGCACUUCGGCAGAACAACAUGUAGACGUGUUGCUUUUAGCGUGUGGUGAUGUUAGAAAUUUCCUAUGCAGUAUAUCUGACCUGUCUUUGAGAAAUCUUCAUGAACAUCCCAAGAGUUUAAGUUUCCAUUUGAAUGAUUAUGAUCCGUCAGUGAUAGCUCGCGAUGUUGUGCUCUUAGAAGUCGCUAGUGUGAUAAAUUCUGAUGUCCCUGCUGAUGUAGAGUUCUUGUGGAAUAUUUGGUAUAACCUAGCGCUGUCGUCGGCUCACUUUGAUCGACUACGAAAAGUACUCAGUGAACUGUUAGAGAGGAAUUUUGACACCGACGAAAUCAUCUUAAAGUUUCAAGAUGGCGACGUUCUCCAAGAAUGUCGGGAUAUAUGGAAAGACUGGAUGGAUCUCGAUCUCGAGGUGAAAAGUGUAAAAGAGGAAAGAAACAACCUGAUGGAGGACAAAACAAGAAAUGUAGGAUUCUGUGAGGAUUCGCACCGCCAAUCUGUACUAGACCACAUAAACAUGGAGAUUUAUCAAGAGGAAUUAGAAAAGUUUGUGAAACAUGCUGCGACAAAUCCGCUCUACACGGAGAUAGAACACUGGUAUAGAGAAGGCUCCACGAGUGAUGAGUCGGAGAAAACAAAUCCAACAUUGAUUCGUCCAUUUGUUCGCAAGUGGAGACAGCAUUACAGUUCCUGUGCGUUUAAGGGUUAUCCACCCCUGGAAAGGAGAGACCUCGAGCAAGGUAAAUCAUGUGCAGAUGUCUGUAAGGAAAAGCUGGCAGUUUGGGUGAAAAGAUUUCAGGAGCAAAGUAAGAAUGACCAAGCAACUCUGAAGGUGACUCUGUGGACAGGCGAUGCACUUGCUUUGUGCACAAGCGGCUUCCUGCCAGAAAUGUUGUUUGACGUUAUCGAUACAAGUAAUCUCAGUGAUCACGCUGGUUUGCUAAAUGUUCUCGUCUGCUGUGCCCCGAGGUUGAAAGUACCAAAUGAGUCUUUGCUGUUCACAUCAAGCAUGUUAUGGCACGGUAAAUGUGACACUAUAAAGGAGUACUACCAAAACUCUGUUGGUGUUCCGUCGCAACUUCUCCCGACGGUUCUUGGCUUGAAGCUGGCUGUUGAUCUCGAAUUGGGAAGCAAAAAACUUCCAGAUGAUUUGGACUCUACAGAAGAGACUCUUUGCUGGGUCAAGGCGGACACAAAAAGGACUUUACUGACAAUAGAUAAAGCCACCGAUGUUGUCCAAGCGUUACUGGAUCUCACAGAGCGUUGCUUCAAUCUGUCGAACGAGACCUCCAUUGACCUCACUUUACCAUCACCUCUGACCUUGCUUCGAAUUAUACAUCAGGCACAACCACUCUUCAAGGGAGGAGCCACCAAGAUUUUUCACGCUCUUGAAAAUAAGCUACCAGCUGAUUUUAAGGAGAGGCACGGACUAUCCUGGAAUUUGUUAAAGGCGUCGUUGGGGAGAAAACCAAAGCCCAUCGUUGAAAUAAAAGUAACCACCAAGUUAACAGUCCAACCUUCAUUUAAGGGUACACCAAAGCCUGUGAUUUACAUUGAAAGGGAACACAGCAGUCCUGAGGAUGAUCCCUUACAAUGGAUUCUCGCUAUUGACCUUGCCUCACAGCCGAAUCCUUCAGCAAUUCACAACAGCUUACGCUAUGAAGAUAAAACGCACGUGGCGACUUUCCAUCUAAGCGAGGAAGACUGGAAUGAGCUUAACUGUUCUUCCACGCUACGGAUAUCAUCCAGAGAAGCUGUCAUCGAUCAUAAACCGGUGCGUCUUGGGGACGAGACUGUGAAGAGUGUUAAACGAGUUGAUCCUGUCGAAACAUUUGGUUUGUUUGCAAGUCAGACUUUCACCGUGGUGGAAUCCGACGAAAAAUGCCAAGUUGUAAAGGUAAUAAAAAUGGAGGAGGAAGCUGGUUCUUACUCCGGGGAACUUGAGAUACUGGACUCCGCUAUCUGUAAAGCGGAAGCGAUAGAGAUCAGCCAGCCAGAUAAGUCUCCAACGGAUGUCCAAAUAGACUUCAGGGGGGCCACAGGUGACCCACUUAGCAUGUAUUUUUCAUGCUUUGUCGACAUUGGCUCAUCCGAGUUCCAAAUCUCACGCAAAGUUGGGAAAAUAUUCUGCAACAUUUCCAAACUAAACGAUGGAACAGUGGGAGAACUUGUAAUACAAAACUUAGCUCCACUGCCUUUUCAUGCAAUGCCAGAGUGGGAUAGUAGUCUUACCGAUAUAAGAAUGCUCGGUAGAAUGUUUCGCACCAUGCAUGAUGUGAAACUGAAGUCACAGCGUAUGCCGGGUCCGCCAUUUUUUGACCUUAGAGAGUCUAUUUCAGACAUUAUAGAUAAGCACGUAACGGAACCUGAGAUUCCUAGGAUACAUUAUGUUGACGAGCGAGGAAUCAUCGAAGAACCAUAUGACUCACCUGAAGACAUGCUGAAGAAGAAGGGCUUCGUCAUCAAGGAGAAGGUCUUGUUCCGUAAAAUGCUGUACACACAUGCAGCCCGCGUUCCUCAAGAUCGUUAUUCUGUUGUAUGGAAGAAUUCGUAUAUUACCCCGUUGUUCCCACGAGAAAGGACCUUGAGUCUUCUCUGUAAAGCAGUUAAGAAUUAAAAUAACAUGGUAUGGAAACUCCUCUACACAGUACCCUUAGUUCUAAGGAACCUGGACAUUUGGAUGAUCAAUCCUCUCCGUCAGGAGUUAGAUCUGUCUCCCCUGACCCUUGUGCGAACCUAUUCGACCCAUUUCAGGGCUCAGCUUCCCACAGGGAUCAAGAGUGCGCUUUUUGCCGUUCAAAGAGCGGGCCUUUUAAAAAGUGUCUUGGAUGUGAAAAAGUGUUCUAUUGUGAUAAAACAAGCCAGAAAAAGCAUUGGAAUAAACACAAAACUGACUGCAGAUGGAAAAGGAAACUUUGAGGAUGCGGCAGGACGCGUGCGAGUCUCCUUUCAUUCCAUAAGGACGAUCAGAAACGAUUACACAGCCAAAAAGUUAUUUUAUUGGUACCAAAUGAUUUGAUCACUUGAAACGGAAACAUUGAUUACGGGAAUAAAUAUCACUUUUAGGAGUCGUUUCUAUUCCUGUCCAUUCAAUGAUAUUUUUCUGACUAGUUUCACCAUUAGUGUUUAUUAUCUUAUUUUCUUUUGCAUUUUUUUUUCUUCUCUUUCACAAUUUUGUUCUGAUGCUCAAGUAGUGUAAAGAUUUUUGGUAGCCGGGAGUAAAGAUGAAUUUUUCCGAUUGUGGUUCAAACAUAUAAAAAAAAAAACAAAGCAAAACAAAGUGAACCAAACCACAGGAACAGUGAAUGGUUUUUCGCAGUUUAUUUGAAAUCUUUAAACAAAAUUGGUGUUCUUUCUUUUAACAGACAUAUAUUCUUUUUUUUUAACAUAGAGUGUACUUGAGGAUAAUUAUUUCUUCUCUAAGCAAAGCUUCAUAUGUAUUUAUUUCAGCUUAUAUUAUCAUUAAUAGCAGCACAAAUAGUAUCAGCUGUUAUCAGCAUCAAUUUUACUGUUAGUAUAAGUUGUGAUGGCAAUUGAUUUUCCAAAAUCGAAAGUAAAUGGGAAGCCGACAACCCGCGUAGAGUUAUAGUCUAAAUAUCCAUUUAAAAGUAUCAUUGUCCAAAAUCAACUGUUUCCCAACAUCUUUAAUUAGCUUUUUCGUUUCGGUUAUCGUUUGGCAGUCCUGCUAAGAGACUUGCCAUGUAGAAACAUACCCACUUUUAGUCGAAAACACUGGUGGUAAAGACUACAGGCGCCCCAAGCUCAUGUCUUGAGAAAUAACAAAAGAUGACUUCCUGAAAGCGUCAUAAGUGUGACGCGAUGUUAAGUUACGAGCGGAACCGUUGAGAAUUUGAAAGCGUUGUGAGGAACAGUAUGGGGAACGAAAUAUGGUCGAUUUACAACACUAAGUAUUACAAAAUAAAAACAUUUUACACGUAAGAUUAAUAAAACUUGUUCAA